AUGCGAGUGCAGAGAAUUGAUUAUCUCGAAAAAACUGGGUUUGGGCACGUUGACAUGGUGAGGUCUAGGCCUGUGUUGAAAAGAAGAGGAGUACUCAAAGAAGACAAGCAGAAGGUUAAACAGAGGAGGCUGGAGAAGCUUCUAAUUCGCCAUAAAGAAGGACAGAAGUGGUAUGAUUAUGCAACUGGUGAGCGUGCAGAAAGUGCCAACAAACCGUUAGAGGUUCAGAAAGCGGAGACUGAGGCUGAGGAAUUGUGUCGCCGGGAGUUUGAUAUUUUCACUCGAGUAAAGUUAAAAUUUGAAGCGCAGCAGAGUUCUGGUGAUGGUGAUGCCAAGUGGUUAUUAACCGUGCUGAAUAAGGGGACUGCUGCUGAUAAAGCAACAGCGUUGCAGCUAAUGGUACAAACGUCCCCAGUUCAUGCCUUUCUUUACAUUUCAUCGGCUGUUGGCGUUAUGGAGAAGAAAAACAUAAGAGAAGCUUAUUCUUUAUUAGGGCUACUUGGCGAUCUUUUCUUGAAAAAUCUUCUACCUCGGAACCGAAAGUUGAUUGCUUUUUCAUCUAGACCUAUAAGUCGCCUUGAAGAGCUUUCUAAGGGUAACCGUUGUGAAAUGGAACGUAGAUUGAUAUUGUGGAAGUUUGAGUCUGAUUUGAAGAACGUUUAUAGAAGGUUUAUCGCAGUUCUUGAAGUUUGUUGUUUGUGUUGGUUAAUUGGUCUUCGAGUUAUGUUCAAGAAAAUUACUGGAUGUACUCUGAAAAGCAUUAGUGUACAAGCAUGCCGAGUGGCCCUAAAUCUUUUGGCGGAGUGUCCAGAACAAGAGCAGAGUUUGUUGUCACUUUUGGUAAACAAAUUGGGUAGCCCUAAUCAGACAUUGGCUUCAAAGGUUUUGACUUUUCUUGUGGAGCUAACUUUUCGACAGCCAAAAAUGAGGGAGGUUAUCGUUCAUGAAGUCGAACGUCUUAUAUAUCGCAAGAAUGUUUCGGAACGUACUCAAUUAUACGCAGUUUCAUUUUUAUCUCAGAUUCAGUUGCGGAGCGGUGAAACAGAACUUGCGGAGUAUCUUCUUAAAAUUUAUUUUGGACUGUUUAGAACGCUUAUUAGUAGAGGAAAGGUUGAAGACAAAAUACUGGCCGUAUUAAUAUCAGCUACAAAUCGAGCGUAUCCUUUCAGUAACGGAAAUACGAGAAAGUUUGCAGAGGAAUUAGACCUCUUGUACAAACUAAUACAUCAGUCAAAUUUUGCAACAGCUGUGCAGACGCUUAAACUGUUGUCUCAGUUAUCUAGUGGUAACGAGAGUGAUCGUUUUUACAAAGCGCUUUAUCGGGUUUUGUUCUUCACAGGCUCUAGUGUUUUACUUCAUAAACAGAUGCUUGAUCUCGUUUAUCGUGUCUUGAAGACAGAUAGAGAUGAAUCGAGAGUAAUUGCAUUUAUCAAAAGAAUACUACAACUUUCACUGGUCCAGAACGCUGGGUUUGCAGCUGCUUCUUUAAUUGUUGUCUCCCGACUAAUUUCGGACCGUCCAGGCCUACUGAGAUUUGCAAAGAACUCUCAGGUUGCCAGUUCUUCACAGACGAAGGCAAGUUUAAUAAACGAUGAUGAAAAUGAGCAUUUCGAGGAUGUUAAAUUGCCUACAGAAUUUGAGGAUAACGAGGAAUUUUUGGGUGAAAAAUCCAAAAAAGAGAAGGAUUUGCUUUUAGUCCAAGGAAGCUGGGUUCAUGCAAAAAAUAUUGUUUUGAGGGACGAAUUGAGUGGUUAUGACCGAUUUGCUCGCGAUCCUUCAUUUGCGAAGGCAGAUUCAACAGUUUUUAGCGAAUUAUUGCUUCUUCAAAAUCACUAUCAUCCAUCAGUGUCGCUUUUCGCUUCUAAUAUUAUAAAAGGUAUUUUAAUUAACUAUGAUGGAGACCCUAUGGUUGAUCUUAGCGCAAUACGAUUUCUUGAUCGUUUUGCCUACAGGAACCCAAAGUCAGCUAAGAAGUCUGAAGGGACUACUGUUAAGAAUAUCUUUAAGAGGAAAGCUUAUACUCCUUUACUCGCUAAAUCCAUUGCUGUAAAUUCGAAAGAAUAUAUGGAGAAAGAAGCCGCUGAAAUUCCCAGUGACGAACAGUUCCUUCAUCGAUUUGCUGCAUCUAAAAAGUUUACCAAAAACGAAGUUAUUGAUGGCGAGAGUAAUGCCAGUGAUAUUGAAAGCGUAAAUUCUGAAGAGUUUGAAGAGUAUUUAGACCGUGUGGAAAAGAACAUAAAAGGUGAUGCUUUCAAUGUCAGUUUUGCUCAAGAGUUAAAUCGGGACAGAAAGUCGAUAAAGACCCGUAGAAGAAAGGGUUCCGUUAGCAAAAAUGCUGCCUCUGGCGAGGAAAGUGAUGAACUCAGCGAUGAUAGAUAUAGUGACGGUUUGGAAAGCGAGAUUAGUAGUUUUAAUUCAGUGGAAGAUAUUGAUGAAAAUUUGAACGAGGAUAGUUUGUCUGACAGUGAAUUUGUUGAGCGAGUAGGUUAUGCCGAAGAUGCUGCUAUAAGUGCAGAUAAGUUUGAUGAAAUUAUGGAAGAAGAAGAAGAAAAAAGGCAGUUUGGCGGGAAGAGGAAGGUCGCAAAACGUCGCAAAAAGGGGAGAGCUCUUAAUUAUCAGUGCGGAAGCGGGUUACCGGUUCAAGGGGUUGAAAUUUUUUAUUUUGGCCAUAUCGUGCAUAAUUCGGAAACAUACUAA